AUGUUAACAAAAGGAAACACUUCUCCAAUGUUCUACCGGAUAUUAGCCCGGUUUCCCUCGAAUUUCACUUUUUGCUUCGCGUACGGAUCGGGAGUAAAGCAGCAGAUAGGAUAUGAUUCUUCUAAGAAGAAGACAAACAUGAUCGAUUUGAUCUACACGGUCGACAAUGUUCAUCGGUGGCACGCUAGUAAUCUAGACCGGAAUCCGGACCACUAUUCUGGCCUUAGAGUUUUGGGUAGUAAUUUCAUCGCUCGAUACCAGGAGACUCUGGGGGCGAAAGUCUUCUUCAACACAUUGAUACCUAUCAAGGAAGAGGAUGUGGUUAUCAAAUAUGGAGUUAUUUCCACCAAAGAUUUGAUUGAAGAUUUAACGGAUUGGACACAUUUGUAUUUGGCCGGGAGGCUACACAAACCAGUGGAGAUCAUUCGAACGGCGUCGAAUUCCAAGAUCCAGAAUGCUAUCGAGUGUAAUCUAAAAUCUGCGGUGCAUGCUGCGCUGCUGUUGCUGCCGGAACAAUUCACAGAGUUCGAGCUAUAUAGGGCCAUAUCUAACCUGAGUUAUGCAGGAGAUUUCCGUAUGAUAUUCGGCGAAAAUAAAGACAAGGUGAAUAACAUUGUUCGACCACAGUUGGAAGGAUUUCGUAGUCUUUAUGCGUCGACACUCAAAGAAUUGAGUCCUGUGCUGCAUCUCCCGUCGAAAACCAGCGAUAAUUCCGUCUGCACUCAGGAUCAGUCCAAUAAAACUAUUCUGUAUCAUCUGAGUCGUCUCCCAAAAUGGCCCGUGCGUGUUAUUGUACACAAGAAAACCAGAGGGCGUUACAGACAGGACACCGAAGACAUACUGACUGCUAUUUCGAAAUCAUCCGAUUAUCAGGACACAGUUUUCCGAUGCCUUCGUUCGAUUGUUUGGCAGAGCAGUGUAAAGCAAUCGAUUAAAAACAUACCUUCGGCCGGUGUGAUCAAAUCCAUCAAAUACAGCUUUGCCAAAGCACUUAAAACAUUCAGCACAUAA